AUGAGCACCGUCGCCGCGCCAAAGAAGAUCAACCCCCUCCUUGCGGCGUACCUCGCCUCGCUUGCCGCACACCCAUUGAGGACGAAGGCGAUCACGACCAGCGUCCUGCAGUUCGGCCAAGAGGUACUCGCGACACAUUUCGCGGGCGUGCCUGCGCAGCAGGUCCCGAAAGACGCGCCGCUGUACGCACGUCUGCUCGCACUCACCAAGAUCAAUGCCAAGGCACCCAAGAUGGCACUGUAUGGCUUCUUUGUGUCUGCGCCGCUCAGCCACACGAUGGUGGGCCAAAUGCAGCGGCUUUUCGCGGGUAAAACCAGCCUCUCUGCGAAGAUCGGACAAGUGCUCGUAAGCAACCUCGUUGUGGCGCCCAUCCAGGUGUUAGUGUAUUUGUCCUGCACGUCUGUCAUUAAUGGUGCCAGAAGCGUGGACGAGGUAGUGAAGACGAUCAGAGCGGGCUUCAUGAGCGCACUCCGGGUCACAUGGAUGACACUGCCGCUCACGAUCGUCUUUGCCCAACGGUAUUUGUCGCCAGAGCUCUGGGUUCCGUUCAUCAAUCUCGUACAGUUCAUCACUGGUACCUACUUCAAUAUGAAGUUGAAGAAGAUACGGAUGGCUAUGGAGGCGAAGGCCAAGAGGGACCAGGAGGAGAAGCGAGAGUAG